ACCUGGGACUUCAGCAGGAACGGCCAAAGCAGGAUGAAGCUUUCCAUUGGCAUCAUUUUCUGCUUCCUGGUCCUGGGCGUCAGCAGCCAGAGAUGGUCAACAUUCCUCAAGGAAGCUGGUCAAGGGGCUAAAGACAUGUGGAGAGCCUACUCUGACAUGAGAGAAGCCAAUUACAAAGAUUCGGACAAAUACUUCCAUGCUCGAGGGAACUAUGAUGCAGCCCAAAGGGGACCUGGGGGUGCCUGGGCUGCUAAAGUGAUCAGCGAUGCCAGAGAGAAUAUUCAGAGACUCACAGGCCAUGGAGCUGAGGAUUCGAAGGCUGACCAAGCUGCCAAUGAGUGGGGCCGGAGUGGCAAAGACCCCAAUCACUUCAGACCUGCCGGCCUGCCUGAUAAGUACUGAGCUUCCUCUUCACUCUGCUCUCAGGAGACCAGGAUGAGAGCCGCUAAGGGCAGCAGCAUUUGA